AUGACUGUGUCACACUAUGAGGAUGCUGGAGUGACGUGUUCAGGCUCAGCCGGCUUUGCAUCCCUGCGGCUGGUGGGCGGAGGGAGCCGGUGCGACGGACGAGUGGAGAUCUUCCAGCAUGGGAUGUGGGGCAGAGUUCUGGAUGACGAGUGGGACAUGCAGGAGGCCAGGAGCCGGCGGGUCCGGCUGGUGAACGGGACUGGGCGCUGUGCUGGGAGAGUGGAGCUGUACUACCAGGGCACCUGGGGGACUGUGUGUGACGAUGGCUGGGACCUGUCUGAUGCCGCCGUCGUUUGCCACCAGCUGGGCUGUGGAGGGGCGGUGGAGGCGGCUGGCUCUGCUCGGUUUGGGGAAGGCUCCGGCCAGAUCUGGCUGGAUGGCGUGAACUGCUCUGGGGCCGAAGCUGCUCUCUGGGACUGCCCUGCUGGGCCCUGGGGGCAGCACGACUGCGGGCACAAAGAGGACGCGGGAGUCAUCUGCUCAGAGUUCGUGGCCCUGAGGCUGGAGAACAGCGACGGCUGCUCUGGGCGCCUGCAGGUUUUCUACAACGGGACAUGGGGGAGCAUUUGCUCCAACUCGAUGACUCUUGACACGGUGUCGCUGGCAUGCAAGGAGCUGGGCUGCGGGGAUGGAGGAUCCCUGGAAACACGCCUGCCCUACGGCAGGGUGUCUGGCCCUGCCUGGCUGGAUAACGUGCAGUGUGGGGAGAAAACCAGCUCCUUCUGGCAGUGUCCCUCCACUCCCUGGAACCCGCAGUCAUGUGAAGACCUGCGAGAUGAGAUCCACAUCACCUGCAAUGAUCCCACUCGAGGCCGUCUGACUGGCAGCGGGAGAGUCUCAGUGCCCGUCAUCAUCUGCAUCAUCCUGGGGGCCCUUCUCUGCCUGCUCCUGGCCCUCCUGGCCGGGCAAGUGCUAAGCACCAGGACUGGGCGCAGAGGCUCCAGGAGAGCUCAGGAGCUCUUCCCCGAGGCCGUGUACGAGGAGAUCGGUUACAGCCCAGCAUGGGAGAAGCAGGCGAGGUUUGGUCGCUCAGAUGUUCUUGUCCUGGCCGCAGGGGCCAGCCUGCGCUCCCGGACAAGUGUCGGGGUCCCCAGAGCUGAAGGAGACACCUUGUCCCUAUCCCUGGCGAGCAUGGGCUAUGAUGAUGCUGAAGAGGUGUCUCUGGCACAUCCCCGUGAGGACACAAAGGCUGUGACAGUGGAGCUCUGUGCACAACAGUCCCUGAGCCCCAGGCCAGGAGAGCCCAUCCCUGCUGUGCAGCUGGGUGCAGCCGGGACGGAGGAGAGGUCUGUGCAGCUGGGAGAGCUGUGA